AAAAAACGGAGGAUACAUUUUCAAUUGGAUUUCGUAGCUCCCAGCUCCCGAGCCUUCGUCUUGUGCGUAUCCAUCUCUUGCCAGUCCCGAAAUCUUCUUAUCGAGUAAAAUCAUUGACUCCAAUCCAAUGUGACAAAUCUUGACAGUAAAACAACUUCGACUUCAAAUCUUUUUCUUGUCUAAUCUUGCGGACCAUCCUUUUUUCCCCCCAUCACGACCUUCUUGAUCAUUUCUCCAUUUCGAAUCGCGACCUGUCUUCUUUCUCACGUUCUUCUCAUUGCUCCCGGAAGCUAUGUGUUCCGACCUCAUUGGAAGGUUUACAUCUGGGGUUUUCCUUGGAAGUAUGUAGUUUCGUCUCUUAGGAAGCUGAAUUUGCUGCAAAUUAAUUGAUGGGAUUCUAAAUGGGUUCUUUGGAAUCCGGAAUCCCAUUGAAGGGAAGCUUAUUUGGGUCUCAGUCGAGUAGAAGGAGAGACAAUCCAUUCUCGCAGAGAUUUAGAUCGAGCUUUUCGCGUUUGCUUUUCAAGAAACUAGAUUACGUCCAAUGGAUUUGCACUGUGGCUGUCUUUCUAUUUUUCAUAGUCGUUUUCCAAAUGUUCCUACCUAGUUCGGUAAUUGAAAAAUCAGAGGAUUCCUUGAGAGCUAAGAUGCUAUCUGGGACUCUAUUGCAUUUUGAAGAUAUAGAGAAGUAUGUAUUGGACAUUGAGGAUGGUACAAGAUUUCUGCCUAAGAUUUCGGAGAAGUUCAAUAGGGAGGCGAAUCCGUUUAACCGGACGGGACAACAUGUCGGGUAUAGAAAGCCUCAGCUGGCGCUGAUAUCUGGAGAACUAUUGGUUGAUUCACAACAAUUGCUACUGGUAACAAUUGCAUCUGUUUUGCUAGAGAUUGGCUACACAAUUCAGGUUUUUUCUCUUGAAGAUGGUCCAGUGCGUGAUGUUUGGAUAAAUUUAGGAGUUCCCACUACUGUUAUUAAAACUUGUGACAAGCUGGAGAACACGGUAGAUUGGCUAAGCUAUGAUGGUGUAAUUGUGAACUCUCUCGAAGCCAAGGGUGCUUUUUCUUGCUUUUUGCAGGAACCCUUCAAGUCUAUACCUCUUAUAUGGAUUAUUCAUGAAAAUGCUCUAGCACAUCGUGCAAGAAAAUAUACAAUAAAUGGGCAGGGUGAACUUUUGAAUGAUUGGAGAAGAGCCUUCAACCGAUCAACAGUUGUUGUUUUCCCAAACUAUGCCCUGCCGAUGCUUUACUCCAUAUUUGAUGCUGGAAAUUUUUUUGUCAUUCCCGGUUCUCCUGCUGAAUCAAUAGAAGCAGAUUCUUUUAUGGCAUUAAAGAAAGAUAAUCUGCGCAACAAGAUGGAUUUUGACCCUGAAGAUGUCAUUAUUGCAAUUGUCGGAAGCCAAUUUUUUCACAAAGGUUCGUGGUUGGGGCAUGCUAUUGUUUUACAGGCUCUGUCACCACUUCUGGCAGAAUUCCUGUCAAACAAAGAUAAUUCUAGCGCACAUCUACAAAUCAUUGUUCAUACUGGCGAAUCAUCAACUAACUACAGUGUAGCUCUUGAGACUAUGGUUCGCGCCUUGAAAUAUCCAAGUGGCACUAUAAGGCACAUAGCUGGAGACUUGAAUGUAGACUCUGUUCUUGACACAGCUGAUAUCGUGAUAUAUGGAUCAUUCCUUGAAGAGCAAUCUUUUCCAGAGAUUUUGAUUAAAGCAAUGUGCUUCGGAAAACCAGUUAUUGCCCCAGAUAUUCCCAUGAUCAGGAAAUAUGUUGAUGACAGGGUGAAUGGCUACAUUUUUCCCAAGGAGAACAGCAGGGUUUUGACACAAAUUAUGUUGGAAGUGAUCUCGAAAGGGAAAAUAUCACCACUAGCUCGUAAUAUUGCCUCAAUAGGGAGAACUACUUCCAAGAACCUUUUGGUUUCGGAAACCAUUGACAGAUAUGCCAAUCUGCUUCAGAAUAUUCUCAAUCUUCCAUCUGAAGUUGCUCUUCCGAAGGAAGUAUCAGAAAUCUCUCCUAAUCUUAAAGAGCAAUGGCUGUGGCAUUUAUUUGAAGCAGUCUCAAAUUUUACACAUCAAAAUAGCACAUCAAGAAGUAACACAUAUUUAGAUAAAUACGAGGAGCUAUGGAACCAUCCUCAAAAAAGCAGAUCUAGUGUUACCGUUGCUGAUAAUGAUUCAUUUUUAUAUAGAAUUUGGGAAGAAGAAAAGAAUAUUCAGAUGGCUAUUACAAGAAGAAGAGAGGAAGAACAGCUAAAGGAUAGAAUAGAGCAGUCAAGAGGAACAUGGGAGGAAGUAUACCGAAAUGCUAAAAGGGCUGAUCGGUCAAAGCAUGAUUUGCAUGAAAGGGAUGAGGGGGAACUUGAGCGGACAGGUCAACCACUUACUAUUUAUGAACCUUACUUUGGGGAAGGAACCUGGCCUUUUCUGCAUGAUAGAUCUCUUUACCGUGGAAUUGGGCUGUCCACUAAAGGUCGAAGAUCGGGUAGAGAUGAUGUCGAUGCACCAUCUCGUCUUCCACUCCUCAAUAAUCCUUACUAUCGAGACAUACUUGGUGACUAUGGAGCCCUUUUUGCCAUUGCAAAUAGGAUAGACCGUAUACAUAAGAAUGCUUGGAUUGGGUUUCAGUCUUGGAGAGCAUCUGCAAGGAAGGCAUUUUUGUCCAGAACUGCUGAAAACGCACUAUUAGAUUCCAUACAAUCCCAAAGGUAUGGGGAUGCACUAUACUUUUGGGUUCGUAUGGAUGAGGAUCCCCGAAAACCUUUGCAGAAUGACUUUUGGUCAUUUUGCGAUGCCAUCAAUGCAGGAAAUUGCAAGUUUGCUUUCUCUGAGGCAUUGAAGAUAAUGUAUGGGAUAAAAGAUGAUCUGGAUUCAUUACCACCAAUGCCAGUAGAUGGCGACACUUGGUCUGUCAUGCAGAGUUGGGCCUUGCCUACGAGAUCCUUUCUUGAGUUUGUAAUGUUCUCAAGAAUGUUUGUUGAUGCAUUGGAUGUACAGGUGUACGGUGAACACCAUUCGAGUGGACGCUGCUAUUUGAGUUUGUCAAAAGAUAAGCAUUGCUAUUCGCGGCUCCUUGAGCUUCUUGUAAAUGUAUGGGCAUACCAUAGUGCCAGGAGGAUUGUGUAUGUGAAUCCUGAGACUGGUCUAAUGCAGGAACAACACAACUUCAAGAACCGUAGAGGGCAUAUGUGGAUCAAAUGGUUCUCAUACACCACAUUUAAGAGCAUGGAUGAGGACCUGGCAGAGUUAUCAGAUUCUAAAGCUACCAACAGCCAUUGGUUGUGGCCAUCAACAGGGGAAGUUUUCUGGCACGGUGUAUAUGAGAGAGAGAGGAAUCUACGGCACAAGGAGAAGGAGAAAAGGAAGCAGAAAAGUAUUGAGAAACUGAACCGAAUGAGGAAGCGACAUCAUCAGAAAGUGAUAGGCAAGUAUGUGAAGCCUCCGCCAGAAGAGGAGGAAGGUUCAAACUUGCCGAAAGAAGCAUGAUAUAUGCUCUGACGGGUUUCUUGACUGAUGAUUCUUUUCUUCUUUUGUAACUUACGUUUCACUUUUCUGCUCCCACAUAAAUGUGAUUUUCUUUAGAUAUCCCUAACAGGACAGGAAAAAAUGCUGGUGUAAUCAGUCUUGAGGGGUUUUGUACUGGGAAAAACUGCAUUCUCCUGGUCAUUGACGCUUGAUGCUGAUUAAUAACUAAUGUGUAAAGUAAUCUAGUGUUUUUGCCCUAGAUUUUUUUGUUGUGUGCGUGGUUUCAUUCUUGGAGGAUGGAAGUUUUUAGAGAAAGGAAGAGGGGCAAGGCAAAUUGUAAUUUCUGGAAGAACUUGUAGAUGACAAUGAAACUAACUCGUGGUCGUGUUAUGUUUGA